AUGGCUGCACCUGCACUUGUUGAAGAGCGCGAGCUGGCUAUCAACCCCAUAGUUGGCACCAGCGUACAACACAACAACCAGGUCAUAUCCAACAUUCGUAAUCUCACCGCAUCGCUGUUCGGAGUCGCUGCAGGCACACUCGGCCUCGAGUCACAUCCAGGCUUCAUUUUCUACCUCCUAGGCACGCUUGUCGUCUCUGUAUUACUGUUCGCCCUAAAAACAGAUGGAAAGCCAGGCGCAUACUUUUACAGGCCGCUGAGCGAUCUGUGGUUAGGCGAUGUGUUUGGAGGGCUUAGUGGCUUUGUGCUUACAUGGACACUGUUCUACGGAUUGGUACGGGCAUAA